AUAGAAAAGAUUUUCUCCCGAAGAGUAAAUUUUCUCGCUGCAAAGAGCUAGAGGUCCGUUCCUUAAUAUUUAUUCUUAAGGUUUUCACAGUGAUAUUGGACGAUGCUUCAUUUCCUCAUGGAAAUACUGUAAGGGCAGACCCAUUAAUCUUUUUCUGGGGAUCCCUUGUUACAUCUCGGUACAGAGGUCUUUAAGGUGGCAACAACAUUCACCUUUUGCUACCUUGCCUUCUGGUUUUCCAAAUGGAUUAUCCAAUUGUACCAGCCCAAAAGGAAUUAUGUUUUUUUUACUCUCUUAGGGUUAGGAUUUAAGUUAUUUUUUGGUAAAAAAGAAUCAUUUAUAUUGAAUUUUAAAUGAGCAAGUACAAAAGCAUUUACAGAUGAAUGAAACAGUACACCAUAUUAGACAAGCAGUACAUAGUAAUCUCAUCCUACUCCAUCUCUUGCUUCGUCCGACAAUAUCUUAACCUGAUUGUAUUUUUGCAGUACAGAUUUUUGCUGAUUGUGCCCAAAAUUAAUUAGACCCAUAUAUAUAUUUUAGUUUACUUGCUGAUUGUGGUGCACUUCCAGACACUUUAUUACUUAGGCAUGUACCCUUCUAUGCACCUAAUGUAACCCUUAGGGCAAAACAUUUUUUGAUGAAUAAUAUUACAGAGGAGGCUUUUGUCUCUUUUUUCCAAUUAUUCUGAUAUUCUUAAGAAUCAACAGAUAAAUUGAAGUCUUGAGGAUAAGUAUUCUUUGUGAAUUGACAAGCCUAGUGUAAGAUUCUGAACCGGUAUUUAUGCCAAAAUCAAUGGGUUGACUUCAUUCUAUCUCCCAACCCCUUUCUUAUCCCUCAUACCCGUGUUUUUACCUGCUUCCUCGCAUCAAACAUGCUUUAUCAAAUCCUGCUAAAUAUUCCAUCUGGAGUCUCUGUAUCUUUUAGAGUGAUCACUUACAUACUACUGGUUAUCCUGCAGCCUGGUGGCGGUAAAAUUGAAGUGCACAGAAAUAUUUGUUCAGCCAUAAACUUAUGGUGUCCAUCUUUUUUCUUUAUUUUUCUUUAUUGAUCUCUUCUCACAAAAUACUUGACAUUAAUUAUGAAACAGAUUGUCUUUGGACGAAUGAAACUUCAAAAUGUUCAGAUGAAAGGCAUAUCUUCUGGUGUCAUCCUCAUGUGUAUCCAACUAAAAGGCAGAUAUGUUAUGGGGAGAAUAGACAUAAUUGGUCAUCGGAAGACUCAGUUUUGCAAUGGACGACCGGAAAUUGCUUUCGGAGAAGGACUGCGAGAGGAAAUAUUUGUACAAACUAUCAAAUCUUUUCCCAAUAACGAACCUGAUUUGAGUCAUGACUAUGUUCAAAUAUCUCAAAAUACUAGGUCUCCACAAGGUCCUCAAGCUUAUCCAAAUGGGGCAGACAUGCGAAUAGGUUCAUCUGAGCAGCAACCAAUGGUAGACUUUGAUGUCACAUGCAUCAGAGGGAACAUUGUUAUUACGGAUCAAAGUGACAUUCCUGUUACAGAUUCAGAAAAGAAUAGCAGAAAAAUGAUAUCUCCAUUACUUAGUCCAGAGUUUCUUCCACAACUUUAUGGAACGAAGCUCGAUGAUGCUGCAAAGUGCCUUGGUGUUAGCCGAACUACGUUGAAGCGCUUCUGUAGGAAGCAUGGGAUCUUGAAAUGGCCAUUUCGCAAGGGAAAGAAAGGUAGUAACGACCUCCCUAAGCUAAAUUGUGGAAAUGAAUCUGUACGAGGUACUGAGGGAGCACUCUAUCAACCUAGUUUCGCUCCAGUUUCCAUGCAGCCUAGAACCUCAGCUAGACAAAUGCCCACUGAGCAUAAAGUGUCUCCUAUUGUUGAUCCAAUGCCAGAUGUUGCAGCAAUGCAAGAUAUGAAGACCUUCAACAUAAAGGCCACAUAUAGAACUGGUAUUAUACAAUUUCCGCUUUCUUCUUCGUCACGAAAGACAGAGUUAGAGGAUAAUGUCUCAGAGAGUCUGAAGUUGAUGCGUGGAAAGUUUAGCAUCAGCUACCUGGAUACUGAGGAGGGUGAUUGGAUUUUAAUAACCCGUGAUAAGGACUUACAAUAUUGCAUGGAUGUUUCGAAGCAAUUGGGCAAGAGGACGAUCAAAAUGUUGAUUGAGGACAUAGGUUCGGUAUAG